GUGGUACCUUUUCAUGAGCUUGAAACAACGGAUGGUAGCCAGUGAGAUUCAUUUUGGCAGAUUCGAUAAGUACUAUGCUUCUUCUCGUGAAGUAAAACUUUGUCCUCCACAAAUUCACCUCGCUUGCGUCAAAACAAAUUUUAAACAAACAGUCACGAAGGCUUGUUCUCAGAAUUGCGUCGAAAGGUGCUUACAUCAUUUGCAACGUUGUUUAUUUUAUAGCAGCUGGGAGAAGUUUUCGAAUUUCAAGGGAAAAUUUAGUAUGCAGGGCACAGGCAAAUCCUGAUCAUUUGCUGAACUUGUCUCUCAUUACCAUCAUGUUGUGCCAGCAGCAUGAGUUCUCUGACUAGACUGGCUCCACUCGAGGCAGUGCUCUUUGAUGUAGAUGGAACUCUUUGUGAUUCUGAUCCACUCCACUACUAUGCUUUGCGUGAAAUGCUCCAACAGAUUGGUUUUAAUGGUGGUGCUCCAAUAACAGAGGAGUAUUUUAUUGAGACUUUUUCUGGCAAACACAGCGAUGAUACUGCCUUGAUUGUCUUUCCUGGUGAUCUGGAACGAGGUUUGAAGUUCGUAGAAGAUAAGGAAGACAUGUUCCGGAGAGUGGCAGCAGAUCAACUGAAUCCUUUGAAAGGCCUUGAUAAAGUGAGGAAAUGGGUUGAAAAUCAUGGUCUGAAGAGAGCUGCAGUUACAAAUGCUCCAAGAGCAAAUGCAGAACUCAUGAUCUCAAAACUUGGUCUCUUAGAUUUCUUUGAUGCCGUAAUUAUUGGUGAUGAAUGUGAACAUGCCAAACCUCACCCAGACCCCUACCUGAAAGCUCUUGAAGUUCUGAAGGCAUCAAAGGAUCAUGCAUUUGUAUUUGAGGAUUCUGUUUCAGGGAUCAAAGCCGGGGUAGCAGCUGGGAUGCCUGUUAUAGGUUUAGCUACUCGAAACCCAGAGCAUUUGCUGAUGGAAGCAAAGCCUGCCUUUCUGAUUAAGGAUUAUGAGGAUCCAAAACUGUGGGCAGCUUUGGAAGAACUUGACAAAGCUGGUGCGCGUUAAAUUUGAAUUACUAGUGUGACUGACAGAAUUUCUUCAUAAAAUUAUAAAAAUAUGUAGCAAGGAGUUUCAUAUUAAAUUCCCGGCUUCCCUAAAAUAAUUUUGUUCUGGGGGGCAUUAUAAUACUAGUCCUUGAAUAAAUAAAAAAAAAUAUAUUAAUCCACAA